AUGGCGACCAAACAUGCCCAAUUGCCGCACCUGCGGUUGGGUGAGCUGACCCUCCUUGGUUAUGCGGCAGAUGACUCUCGUGAUGUUGUGACCUUAUCCGAUCCAGAGGCACUGAUCCUGCAACUCGCCAACCAGGUCCAGGAACAACAACUCGAAAAGGCGUUGCUAGAAUCAGAUCCUGGGCCAGAAACAAGGCCACCCUCUCGCGAUGAGAUCGAGGAACACCUCGCGAAUGCAGAACGCGAGUUGCUCGAGGCGCGCGCCACCUACACAGUCAGGAGGAAAGCCGCUCACACCAUCCUCAUGACCGACCCUAUCCUGAAAGCGGUUCACCUGAAGGCCACUAUUCCACCUGAACGGGCCCUUCUCCGCCUUGUGAACCGGCGCGACGUGCUCGCGCUAGCCCACGAAAAUCUAGCCUCGGCACAUGACCAGGUACUCAAACAGCUUUCUGACUCGGAGGUUGCGAAUCUACAAAUCAACCAGGAGAAUCAAGAGCUGGUACGACAGCUUCUAGAGCUUACCAAGCAAGAUGAAACAUGGAGAGAGAAGCUGAAAGAUGCGAAACUCUUGUCACAACUGGAACAAUUGGAAACCGACUUCAAAUCCAACAAAGCCCAAUGGGAUACGAUGAAGCAUAUUGCCAGUGCGAUGGUCGUCGGCAGCGGACUGAAUUGGGCUGAUGACGACCAGCUUCAAGCUUUGGUCCUGGAUGAGAGUGAAGAUUGA